AGAGAGACAGCGAGUGAUUGGUAAGGAUAGAAAUGAGAAACUGAGGGAUUUUAUACAAAGAGAGAUAGGGAUUACUAUUUUCUCACUUUGAUGUGUUUGUUGUGUAUUUGAGAUUUUCUCCGUCCCGUUUCCAUUUCCUCGAGGUUCUUCAUAUAUAUAAAGAGAGAGAGAGAAAGAGAGGGAGGGAGAGAACCUCCGUAAUUUUCUCCGUGCUUGGAACUUUCUCGGGAAAUUUUGCGCGGCUUUGUCGAAUUUAAGAGUUGAGGAUCUGAACUAGGGUUUCGUUUCUGUGAUUUCUCUUAGUUGCAGGGGAUCCUUGGAGGUGGGGGCCCUUGAUUUCACAGGUGGUUCAAAAUGGUGAUUCGAAAUGAGAAUUUGCGGUAAUUCUAGCUCCGAUCUCGAAUAUAGGGCACGAAUCGAGGCAUUGAAGCAAUGGAUUUGGAUUCGUCGUCGAUGGUGCCCGAGACCGAUCACGAUCCGGCGGUGCAGAACCACAACACGGAGUCGUCUCCGGCUGCAAUGGAGAGAGAGCAGCUAGGUGAGUCGUCGCCGGCUCAGUCUCCGCCUCAACCACCUCCGCAACAGCAUCCGCAGCAGCAGCAACCGGCACCGCAGGGGCAGCAGAGCCCGGUGGUGGGGCCGAGGCAUGCCCCGACCUAUUCGGUGGUGAAUGCGAUUAUAGAGAAGAAGGAGGACGGGCCGGGCCCAAGGUGUGGUCACACUCUCACCGCGGUUGCGGCAGUUGGGGAGGAGGGCACGCCUGGGUAUAUUGGUCCUAGGUUGAUUUUGUUUGGAGGUGCCACCGCGCUCGAGGGGAAUUCCGCAGCUUCGGGGACUCCUUCGUCUGCCGGGAGCGCUGGCAUCCGACUAGCGGGUGCUACUGCUGAUGUGCACUGUUACGAUGUAUUGACAAAUAAAUGGUCUAGGAUUGCUCCCUUUGGAGAACCGCCCACGCCAAGGGCUGCCCAUGUGGCCACUGCUGUCGGAACUAUGGUUGUUAUUCAGGGUGGAAUUGGUCCAGCUGGCUUGUCUGCUGAGGAUCUUCAUGUUCUUGACCUCACACAGCAACGACCACGAUGGCAUAGAGUUGUUGUUCAAGGCCCUGGACCUGGGCCACGUUAUGGACACGUGAUGGCUUUGGUGGGGCAAAGAUAUCUUAUGGCAAUUGGUGGGAAUGAUGGGAAGCGACCAUUGGCUGAUGUAUGGGCCUUGGACACAGCUGCCAAACCUUACGAAUGGCGUAAGUUGGAACCAGAAGGGGAGGGCCCACCUCCAUGCAUGUAUGCAACUGCAAGUGCACGCUCUGAUGGUCUUCUUCUGCUUUGUGGAGGCAGGGAUGCAAACAGUGUGCCUCUGGCUAGUGCAUAUGGACUUGCUAAACAUAGGGAUGGUCGAUGGGAGUGGGCAAUUGCUCCUGGUGUCUCACCAUCUCCGAGAUAUCAGCAUGCGGCAGUAUUUGUUAAUGCACGGCUUCACGUGUCUGGAGGGGCACUUGGUGGGGGACGCAUGGUAGAAGACUCGUCAAGUGUUGCAGUGUUAGAUACUGCAGCAGGAGUCUGGUGUGAUACGAAAUCUGUUGUUACCACUCCUAGGACCGGCAGAUAUAGUGCUGAUGCAGCUGGUGGAGAUGCUGCUGUCGAAUUGACAAGGCGUUGCAGGCAUGCAGCAGCCGCAGUUGGUGACUUAAUAUUUAUUUACGGUGGUCUACGUGGUGGGGUCUUGCUCGAUGACCUACUUGUUGCUGAAGAUCUGGCUGCUGCUGAAACAACAAGUGCCGCUUCACAUGCUGCGGCUGCAGCUGCUGCAUCUAAUAUUCAAGCAGGGCGGUUAUCUGGAAGGUAUGGAUUUGUUGAUGAAAGGUCAAGGCAAACAAUGCCAGAAGUAACUCCUGAUGGUGCAGUUGUGCUGGGAAAUCCAGUUGCUCCCCCUGUGAAUGGUGACAUAUAUACUGAUAUAAGCACAGAAAAUGCUAUGCUUCAGGGAUCACGGAGAAUGAGCAAAGGUGUUGAGUAUUUGGUUGAAGCAUCAGCAGCCGAAGCAGAGGCUAUCAGUGCGACAUUGGCUGCUGCCAAGGCCCGGCAAGUUAAUGGAGAAGUUGAACUGCCUGACAGGGAUCGUGGAGCAGAGGCUACCCCGAGUGGGAAACAGAUAUCUACUUUAAUUAAGCCUGAUUCUGUUGGGUCGAAUAAUAUUGUUCCGGCUGGUGUUCGGCUGCAUCACAGAGCUGUUGUCAUAGCUGCUGAGACUGGUGGAGCUUUAGGUGGCAUGGUUAGACAGCUUUCAAUCGACCAAUUUGAAAAUGAAGGCAGGCGGGUCAGUUAUGGGACCCCAGAAAGUGCAACUGCUGCUAGAAAACUAUUAGAUCGACAAAUGUCCAUCAACAGUGUGCCAAAAAAGGUCAUAGCACAUCUUCUAAAGCCUCGUGGCUGGAAGCCUCCAGUUCGCAGGCAAUUUUUUUUAGAUUGCAACGAAAUAGCUGAUCUCUGUGACAGUGCAGAGCGCAUAUUUUCUAGUGAACCAAGUGUCUUACAGCUUAAGGCUCCCAUCAAAAUAUUUGGUGAUUUGCAUGGGCAAUUUGGGGAUCUUAUGCGCCUUUUCGACGAGUAUGGAGCACCUUCAACUGCUGGUGAUAUUGCAUAUAUCGAUUAUCUCUUCUUAGGAGAUUACGUUGACAGAGGACAGCACAGCCUGGAAACCAUUACCCUCUUGCUUGCUUUGAAGGUGGAGUAUCUCCACAAUGUACAUUUAAUACGUGGGAAUCAUGAAGCUGCAGAUAUUAAUGCCCUUUUUGGCUUCCGGAUUGAAUGCAUUGAGCGCAUGGGGGAGAGAGAUGGAAUAUGGGCAUGGCAUCGGAUAAACAGAUUGUUCAAUUGGCUUCCUCUGGCAGCUCUGAUUGAAAAGAAAAUAAUCUGUAUGCAUGGUGGUAUUGGUCGUUCUAUAAAUCAUGUGGAACAAAUCGAGAAUCUUCAGCGUCCAAUUACAAUGGAAGCAGGCUCAAUUGUCCUUAUGGAUUUAUUGUGGUCUGAUCCAACAGAAAAUGACAGUGUCGAAGGGCUGCGACCUAAUGCUAGAGGUCCAGGGCUAGUUACUUUUGGGCCUGAUCGUGUAAUGGAAUUCUGCAACAACAAUGAUCUCCAGUUGAUUGUACGAGCACAUGAAUGUGUUAUGGAUGGCUUUGAGCGCUUUGCCCAGGGACAUUUGAUUACACUUUUCUCAGCCACCAACUACUGUGGUACUGCAAAUAAUGCAGGAGCAAUCUUAGUUUUGGGUAGAGAUCUAGUGGUGGUUCCAAAACUUAUUCAUCCGUUGCCACCAGCAAUUUCAUCACCAGAAACAUCACCAGAGCAUCAUAUAGAAGAUACAUGGAUGCAGGAGUUGAAUGCUAACAGACCUCCAACCCCAACUAGAGGCCGUCCUCAAAUGCCAAAUGAUCGAGGUUCUCUUGCUUGGAUAUAGUACAUUGGUUGGAAUCAUUUUCCUGUAUUCAUUCCAAGCCCAUGCCAUCACCUGGUGAUACAGGGUUUGUAUGGGAGCGUGAGGCUGUAUACAGGGUUUGUUGCACUUGUGAUCUGGGUUCUCACCACACGAUUGAUCGGCCUUGAGAUGAAACUUUAGUGUUUUGGAGAGCCGGGUUACAGGCGGCAGAUAGGUUUUGGUGAUGUGCUAAAAGUACAAAUUUGGGUCCGCACACCCUUUGUAAAUUGAGCCACAGGCAGGUAGAAGUCAGUAUUGGUUUUCUUCCAAUGGGUUGGUAGUGAUGGGUAUUUUCCAAUUUAAAUACAUGUAAUUUUUUUAAUUCCUUGUUUUAGGCCUAUUAAUUUCUCUCUUUCCAGAGGACCUGAGGUCUUUUAUAUGUGAUGGUGAGAUAUAUAAUCUGUGGGGGCGUCCAUGUAUCAUAGAGGUGUUGGUUCGUGUAAUUUUCAUCUUUUGCUUUGUACAAUGUAACUUUCGUGUGAAGAUAAGAAACGUUUUUGCCCGACA